AUGUCAAACAAGCGGCUGACCCGUGAGGAGUACCGCAAGGCGCAGGAGCUAGACGCGGCGCGGAAGGCAGGCGAGGCGCCGGCCGAGGUGGAUGAGGAUGGCAAUGAGAUCAACCCGCACAUUCCUGAGUUUAUGUCCAAGGCACCGUGGUACAUUGGCUCGACGGGCCCGUCGCUCAAGCAUCAAAAGGCGCCCAAUGUGCUCCGCAUCGCCGACCCCAUCGAGCCCACCCGCAAGGUCAACGCCGUCCGCAGGCCCGUUGUUGCCGCCCGUCCGCGCAAGUUCCGCAAGGGCGCGUGUACAAACUGCGGCGCCAUGACCCACAAGGCCAAGGAGUGUGUGGAGCGUCCGCGCAAGAUAGGCGCCGCACACACCGGGCUCGACCUCGCGCCAGACGAGAUCAUUGUCAACAAGAAGUUCUCGACCUGGGACGGCGAGCACGAUCGGUGGGAGGGGUUCAAUCCGGACGACUAUGCUGCAGUCAUCAAGCGCCACAAGCGCCGGGAGGAGGCCCGCCUCAAGCUCCGUGCGCAGCAGCUUGACGCUGCCAAAGCUGCGCCCGGCGACGACGAGGACAAGGAUCUGGUCGGCGAGACCGUCAAUUACGAGUCCAAGGUCGGGCAGGGCUCGGUCAUGCACUUGCGCAUCCGCGAGGACAGAGCCAAGUACCUGUACAAUCUCUCGCUCAACUCGGCGCACUACGACCCCAAGUCACGGUCAAUGCCGUCAAACCCCAACCCGGACAAGCCGCUGGAAGAGACUGACUUUGCCGGCGAGAACUUUGUACGGGCCUCGGGCGACGCGGCUGCCCACCGUGAGCAGGAGCGUUUUGCCUGGCAAGCUCGCGCCCACGGCAAUGAGGAGGUCAAUCCGGUCGCUCUGCCGUCGCAGACCGAGCUCCUCUACCGGCGCGCCAAGGAGCGCAAGGCCAAGCUCGAGGAGGAGAAGAAGCGCAAGCUGCUCGAGCGGUAUGGCUCUGAAACGGGCGCCCCGGCGGCGUCAGCUCCUAACCCGGACCUGCUCUUCUCUCAGUCAGAGAACUACGUCGAGUACUCGCGCGACGGCCGCGUCAAAAAGGGUUUGGAGCGCGCCCCGACAAAGUCCAAGUACCUCGAGGACGUCGUCGUCAACGGCCACACGGCCAUCUGGGGCUCAUGGUGGGAGGACGGUCGCUGGGGCUACAAGUGCUGCCGCUCCACCAUCCGCAACGCUGUCUGCCUCCCGCCGCGCGCCCUUCCGGCCGCCGCGUCUGCCUCCGCGAGCUCGGGCACUGGUACCGCCCUUGCUCCCAGCAAUGAUUCCGCCACGGCUGGCGUCGGCGAGGACACGUCCAAAGAUGCGUUGGAGGGCAAGGGCAAGGGCAAGGGCAAGGGCAAGGGCAAGGCCAAGGCCAAGGCCAAGGCCAAGGCCAAGGACAAGGGCAAGGCCAAGGACAAGGGCAAGAGUAAGAGUAAGUCGCGGUCAUCUCGCCAUCGCUCGCGCCGUCGCCACCGCUCGCCGUCGUAUUCAAACUCGUACUCGGGAGCGUACUCGGGCUCGGUCUCGGGAGCGUACUCGGGAGCGUACUCGGGCUCGUACUCGGAGCGGCGGUCGCGGUCGUCGCGGCGGUCGCGGUCAUCGAGGCGGAGCGGGCGGUCGUCGCGGCGGAGCGGGCGGUCGUCGCGGCGGAGCGGGCGGUCGUCGCGACGGAGCGGCUCGUCGCGAACAAGCAAGCGUAAGCGGCGGCGGUCGGCUUCGGCGGAGCGUGAGAGCAAGCGUAAGGUCCCGCUCUCGAUGCAGAACACCGAGGUGACUCCUGCAGAGCUUGAGGCGUGGCAGCGCGGGCGUUCGCGGGCGCAGGAUCCAAUGGCCGGGCAGGUGGCCGGCGACGACGGCGCGUGAGUGCGGCUGGCGCAGGGUAGCAGAGAGCAGGGAGUUUACUCGGAGAGGGUGUAAAAGUCGCCAGUGAGCUUGCGCGGGAAAAGAGUCUGUGCAGCAAGGAAAGCGACGCCGA